AAGAAAUAGAAAAUGAAAUACGCAAGACAAAGGUGUACAUUUCUAUUCAGAUAUAUAUAUAUAUAUAUGAAGAGAUAGUGAAUAAUUGAUUGAUUGAAAGUAUCAUAAAUAAAUCUAAUACUACUGUAUAAUAUCAUCUUGAUAAUAGUCGAUUUUGACCAACUAAUUCUACGAUCUUGAUGUAAAUCAAAACUUUUCUUUCAUUUGAAAUACUUCAAUAUAUAGAGAUUAUAAUUUAAUAAUGUGCUGUUGUGAAUAUGAGAUAAUUAAAUAUAUAAUAAUUUUUUUAAUAACAAUAAUGAUGGUGAUUUAUCUUGUUAGUGGUGAAGAUUAUUUAUUAACAAAUGAAGAUAUAAGUAAAUUAACUGAAACAACAAGACAAACAACUAUUGAUCCAAUUUUAUUAGAAUCCUAUCGUAAAACUACAACUAAAUCAUUUAUUAUAUUUGGUGUUAUAUUUGGUCUUAUUAAUGUUGCCUGUUGGAUUGUAUCAAUCAUAAAAGCGAUUAUAGACAGACGAAAAAUAAAAAAGAGAAAUUUAGCUCGUCAAGAUGCAAAACGUUUCAAAAGUGAAAGUCAUCGAAAAUCAGUUCUAAAAGAUUUAAUAAAUCCUGAACCGCCAACAUUAAUUUUACCAAAUAUUGUUGAUAACGCAAUAAAAAUUCAUAAAAACAUUUCACCAACAACUUCAAACCCAUCAGAUUCUCCAAUUCAUCAUUUUUCAAGAUGUUCAACUUUACGACGUUCUGAUUCACUUAAACGAUCAACACAAAGUGAAAUAGAUGAACCAACAGAAAAAGAUUUAUUUGUUAAAUAAAUUAAUUCUUCUAUAUUUCAGUAGUUUUCUAUGUAGUUUAGGUUCUUUUUUUAUAGUAAAAUACUUUGUUCCAUCAUUUUCCUUAUCAAAUGAAUAUCCUAUAGAAUACUUUUAACAUAUAUUACUUAUUAUUUGCUACUAUGUAACUUACUACUAUUUUUACAUAUCCAAAAGGUAUUGAAUUACUAUAACCAGUAGUGUAUAUCAAUAAAUUUUAAAAUUUUAUCACUAUUUACAUGUAACCAUGGGAACAUUUAAAUAUAUUCAAACAAUAUGUU